AUGUCAUCACAAGGCCGUAUUGAUACCAUGACCGCUACAAUCAACGCUCAAUCUCAAAAAAAACGUACUCAACCAUAUUCGUUAUCGACUCCAAGAGGCGGAACUACAGGUACUGGAAGCAGUUCUGCCCCCCGCUCGGAACAGCGAAGCAUCCGAGGGAUUGGAGCCUCGAAGACUGGCGACGAUAACCACGACACCAGUGAUGCCAAUACCGAUCGCAUCUUGGCUGCAAUCGUGACACUAUCUACAAAGAUCAAUCAAGACAUAUUGGUCCUUUCUGACAACUUACAUCAAGAGAUCGCGGAUUUCACUGAGAAGGUUGAUCAAGACAUAGCGACUUUGUCGAACAAGACAGACGAAGAUGUCACUUCAAUUGCUAACAAAAUUGAUCUUCAAUUCAACACCGUAUCCAACAAAGUCAAUCAACUUAUUGAGACCUUUGAGCAAAAUUGGUCUCAUCAGGCUGGAGGUCCAGCUCCUGCUCAGACCAACCCUGGAUGUACUCUGCCAAGCUUAAAGCAAGUUGACCACAUGAUAUCACCUCAAGCCAUCAGAAACAUACCCGGUACCUGGGCCACUGACCAGCUCCCUCCAAUCGUCAAUGGAGCCCAGAAUGUCAAAGCCGCCCAGUUAUACACGACCUUAGUUAAGACUGCGGGCAAACAUGCUCGCGAGCGCCUGCACAUCUUAGUUCUGCACAACAUAAAAAACAACCCUGAGGCAACGGUGCCCUGUAUUAAGCGGCUCUUACAUCGUCUUGCGAAUUACUGCGGUGACGGCACGCAAGACCUAGACUUUUCGGCCUAUUGGCCAACGACCCCUUUGGCUCUACGCCUCCGUAUUGCCUACAUUCGACGUGAGGCGGUUCGCAUUUUCCAAUCCCUUCAAUCCGGCGGAGGUGGAGGUAACAUUUGGAGCAGAGUCAACAAACAGCUCCACAAGUUGAGAGUUGAGGGUCCCUUAUACACUUCCGCGUUUUACAGACUUGUCUAUAACCAAGAUACUGAAUGGUUUGAUGGCACAGGGUUUUUUUCUGACUUCAACCCAGAGUUCGACUUUGCUCUACCUUCGGAAGACAAGAUCAGAGAAGAAAUGGAGCGUUUGGAGGAAGCAGGAGAAGAUAUGGAGGAAUAA